AUGCGGCGGAACAAGGACAUGAUAAUCAUCCCCUUCCGCAGCUGCCGGAAGUCGACGACCGCCGCCGUCCUCGGCGCCGCGACGGACGAGCACCACGCCGCUCUCGUCGCCGGCUCGGACGAGGAGUACGCCGGCGCGUCGCCCGCGCCGCACCUGCACUGCGCGUCCUGCGCCGCGAAGAUCGAGAGCGUCGUAAUGGACAUCCCAGGGGUGGACAAGGUCGCGACGGACGUGGAGGCGAGCCGGGUUUCGGUCACCGGGACGGCGGACGCGGCGGCGGUGGCGACGAGCGUCCAGGUCAGGACGAGGAGGCCCGUCACGGUCGUCAGGGAAGGCAGGAGCGGCGCCCAAGAGCGAAGCGCCGCGGCGGCGGCAACGCCACGUGAGCGCCAACUAGUGCGCGCGCGAGGGAGAUCGACGGCCGCGCAGGUGAGGCCGGUCCCGGAGAGGACGGCGGCGCAGCAGCAACAGCAGGCGGCGGAGGAAAUCUCCGGGAGGCAGGCGCAAGAACAGGAUGCCCAUGGCAGCGGCGGCAAGUCCCGGCGCCGGUCGGCGCCGGUCCCAGACGACGAGCGCGGGGCUGGCGGCUUCGCGGGCGGGGUCCCAGCGAAGGAGGACGCGGCCGUGGCGCGCGUCGAGGGCGCGCCAGCCGCGGAGAAGGCCGCCUGCGGGGAGCCCGGGCAGGCGGAAGGCGGCGCCGGGGACGAAGCGCGCCUCGAUGCCGGCGUUGCAGAGGAGGCCGAGCAGGGGCGGUGCGCAAUGGAGCUCCCGAAACCGGCGACGGAAGCCGGCGCCCGAGACGACCGCGCACCAGCGCCGGCAGACGAGCGCGGCGCCGACGAGGCGGGAUGGGUCCGACGGCGGCAACUGCGGGAGGACCUCCUCCACGAGCUCCUCCAUCAGCGCGCCGCCGGCGGGUCUGCAGCUGCCAUGGCGGGCGGGCGGGCACCUUAG